AUGGGAUUUAUCCUGGUGCACUCCGAGUACAUGACUGGUAUUGGCAGAGCUUUAAAAGACCAAGUUCUUUUUGGACAUGCGUUUCGAAAUUUGACAAUAAUCAAUGCUGUCGAAUGUUUCAUGUUUUGUCAACAAGAACGUAUUUGUAAAGCAUUUCAAAUGUGUCGUAAGAACAAAGACUGUCAAUUGUUGUCAUCUAAUCAAUUCCAAUCACCUUCAGCAUUCGUCACCAUGAUAGGAUGUACUUAUUAUGAUACACAGGUGCUGCGAAAUUGGUCGCAUUGUUAUUAUUACCAUCACCAUUAUCACCACCAUCGUCACUACAACCAUGAUCAUUAGGGCGGCCACUAUAUUAUCACCACCAUUAUUAUGAGGUAUUGUUAUAAGCGCUACAAUAAGCAUUACCACCAUUAGUUACCAUCAUCAGGCCACAAGUUUAUACAUCAGCUGUAAUUCUUCAUUGCUCCACCAUUCUACCCUCAGUACCAUCAUGAUCAUCAUCGUUAGUAUUAUCACCAUUAGAGAGGUUCAAAUUUGACUUCCACUACCGCUUCCACCACCUCUCACCGACUUAUUACGCAUCUGAUUGGUUAUCGGACAUCAAAUUCCUUUGAUUGGUUAAUGGUCUCGUAAUGGUAGUGGAAGUCAAAUUUGAAUUGUUGACAACUACCACUACUUUAUUAUCAAUUUCAUCUUCGUUUGCGUUAUUGUGUUACACCAUUUUUUAAAAUAUUUUUCAGUCUGUCAACACUCAAAUGUCAAGCAGAAAAUCCAGUUGUGCCAUGGAAUAUUGCCAAAAUGGAGGAACAGCGAUAACCAUCUCCGAAUGGGACAAAUCGCGUCAAAGAUGCAUCUGUGUGCCUGGUUAUACUGGACGUUACUGUCAGCAUGUGGUCAAAUCUUGUCGUCGUUACAGCAACAGUCGGACUUCUGGACAGUACAAAGUGUUUGAUGAUAACAUGAAUCUCUUUGAUGUUUUCUGCGACUUUGAUUCGAAUUCAACCACGGCAUGGACAUUGGUCCAGUCAUAUCAACUUCAAAAUUAUCACAAAUUCAUGAAGUCGUUCAAUCUGGACAACCCAAUCAAUGAAAACACUCCUCGCUGGGAUUUCUACAGCCUUUCAAAAUCCCGAAUGGAAUCGAUUAGAAAUGAUUCGAGUAAAUGGCGGAUUACAUGUGAAUACGACACCGAAGGUGUUGUAUAUACUGACUACAUGGAAGGCUGGAAUGACAUCAUUGAUAUAAUGACGUAUGAGCAAUUCAGUCCAAGCUUCGUUUGUUCACUUGAUAAACACAAGAUUGACUACGUGGACGUCCGUGGACAGAACUGCAGGAAUUGUACCGUUCCUAUUAUUAUCAUGGGACAAAUCGCGUCAAAGAUGCAUCUGUGUGCCUGGUUAUACUGGACGUUACUGUCAGCAUGUGGUCAAAUCUUGUCGUCGUUACAGCAACAGUCGGACUUCUGGACAGUACAAAGUGUUUGAUGAUAACAUGAAUCUCUUUGAUGUUUUCUGCGACUUUGAUUCGAAUUCAACCACGGCAUGGACAUUGGUCCAGUCAUAUCAACUUCAAAAUUAUCACAAAUUCAUGAAGUCGUUCAAUCUGGACAACCCAAUCAAUGAAAACACUCCUCGCUGGGAUUUCUACAGCCUUUCAAAAUCCCGAAUGGAAUCGAUUAGAAAUGAUUCGAGUAAAUGGCGGAUUACAUGUGAAUACGACACCGAAGGUGUUGUAUAUACUGACUACAUGGAAGGCUGGAAUGACAUCAUUGAUAUAAUGACGUAUGAGCAAUUCAGUCCAAGCUUCGUUUGUUCACUUGAUAAACACAAGAUUGACUACGUGGACGUCCGUGGACAGAACUGCAGGAAUUGUACCGUUCCUAUUAUUCAGGCUCCAUAUAAUCCUUUACAUUUGGAUACAUAUUUCUCUAUGUGCGAUUUCAAGCCAACAAAAAGUUUAUAUUGUGACAGUGCUGGUGAAGACAAUUUUGGAAGAUAUUUAUGUACAAAUCCAAAUCAUCGUUGCUCCUCCUUCCCAACAGCAACAACUCAAACUUGGUUUGGGAGUCCUUGA